UUUUAAAAUAAAUUAUUGAUAUUAUAUUGAAAGCAAUGUACAAAAACGAUAUUGGUUAAUAUAUAAAAAAAAAAUGAAGGUGACCUCAACAAAUUGACACUUCUUUAAAAAAUUAUACAAUACAUAAAUUAGCGUUAUGAAUUUAAGAAACAGUGAUUGUAUCAUUCUACUUGUAAACAAUUCAAUAAUAGUACUUGCAAAGAAUGGAAUACGGACAGGAACAAACUAUAAAAUAUAGUUUUAAUUAAUUAACAAUUAAUAAUUAUAAAAUUUAGCAAAACUAUUACUUUUCAUCAGAAAAGCAAAACCUGUAGUUAAUGUCAGUGAAAGCUUUCUUAAAACUAAUAAAUUAAUUAAUACUUAAUAUAACAGCAGGCUUAAUAUAAGUAUUAAAUAUGAAAAUAAGAGACUAAAAUCAGAAAAAUCUAAACCAAUACAAUACUUAUUCCUCUUAAUUAAAACAUGAUAUAUGAUAAUUAGCCAUUAUAAAAAAGAAAUCUAAGUACAUAUUCAUCAAACACUUUAAUUUAUAGAAUCAUUUAAUUUAGAUGAUAAUUAUAAAGUUAAUUGGCUACUAUAAAACACAGAAUGGAUGGUCUUUAGGACAAGACAGACUUUUUUGAUUCCAACUUUCAGAAAUAAUUCUGUUUUAAAGAUAACUUCCUUUCAGUUGUAUUGAGAAACCAUAUUCAAUCACUCCAUCAGGUUUUGCUUACAUCAAACAAAUUAUUCUAGUUUAUAGAGUAACAUAAUCACUGAAGGUGUGAACUAUCCCCCAUUUUAAAGUUUAUUUUUGUAAUAUGUUAAAAUAAAACUGUUGAGACAGUUUACAUACAUUAGAGGAUGGGAAGAGAGAAAUUAAAUAUUACUCUUAAAGAAUAAAAAAAUAUCCAGAAUAUUCUAAAUAAAUAAACAAAUACUAAUUACCAGGUAUUUAAUUACAUUAAAAGAAGAUAUGUUUCAGUUCUGAAAAGGAUAGAUAUUAGGGCCAUUAGUUCAUAUUAAGACCAUGAUUCCAAAAAGGGACGGCUUUCAUAAAACAAUAAGACAACUAUUACUCUUUAGUAUUAUAAAUUUCCAUAAUGAACAUUCAUUUAUUCAGCAAAAUCAAAACUUAAAACUAAUGUGCAGAAUGGGCUCUGCAUCCAAUUAGGCAAACCACGAUUUAUUUAUCAAGACACUUGGUAAAAAAUUAUUUAUAUGAAUUAUUGUACAUUAUACUAAAUAACAUUAUAUGUGUCGUAUUACAGAUACUAAAUGGAAACGUGAGCACUGAUAAUGAAAAACUAAACUUCCAAUAUAACAGCUUAUUGCGGAUGCCAAUAUGGCAAACAUUAUUUCAACUUUGUACGUGCUCAUGCAGGGAUAUCGAUUGUACAGAUCUUUUACAAACACAACAUAAAGAAAUAUAAGCUGUUACCAAAAGAACUAAAAAUGCUACUGGUAAUGAUACAUAAAACAUAUCAGACUGAUUAAAUAGAGUCAUGCAUGAAACCAGUAGGUGGCUUCCAAUAACCCAACUUAAUUGCCAAAAGUUCCUUUCUUCAACAGCAAGAAAAAAUAUGACACUCCAAAAAGUGUGUAGAAGCGUAAAUAUCAUUGUAUGAACAGAAGAUAUGAGUCCAAAAUACUCUGAGCCACCUUUGAGUCCUACAGUUCCAGGUCCAGCCAAUUCCGCAAGUAUGUUAGCUAAAGAAAAACACCCACUCAUCACACCAAAUCCUAAACCAGAUACAAAAGGCACAACAUGUUUGUUACUGGUUAUGUCUUUAUUAGUACUUGGAACAUUAAUUUUCUUCAAUCCUUGUUCAGCCUUUUUGAGAAUGUAAUACAUAAUAUACCUGAAAAUUUCUUGAAAUAUUACAGAGACUAUAAUACAAAGGGGUAAUACAUGUCUGAAUGUUAUAUAAUUCCAAAAUAUCGCGGAUAAUAACAAUGAAAGUAGCCAAUAGAACGCACUUGCCACUAAAAUUAUUAUUCUAAUCGGAUCAUGAAAAACUGUAAACAUACACAAUGUUAAAACAGGACUGUAUGCUGUACAGGCACAACCUACGAAUUCCAUUAAUGUCAUUUUUAAAUAUUGAUUGAAUCGUCUUCACAAUCAAACAACUUCCCUUCAAGUAAAAAGUAUACUUAAACGUAAAUAGUCAGUCAUAAUAUUAGCACAAAAACAUCCCUGUAGUUUACAAAACCAUUUUAUAUGUAACCUUCUUUUAAGGAAAACAACAUUUCAUGAAAUCGUCUCUUCCAACUUAAGUUACCUUCCAGUACUUGUUUGUAAACGCAAAUUUUGUGUGAUUAAUUAACGCUACUUUGACUUAGGAUUUUAUUAUCUUGAUGACAUGUUACAUUUCAUAGAACUUAAGAACCUAAAUAAUAUAUUUAAAUUAUAUUUACUAGUUUGAAUUCAAUAAGAUAAUUUAGUGACGUCAUUAGCGGUGCUUACCAAAAUUACAUUCCGUAAUUAAAAUUUAUCCAUCUGUUCACUUCCUUUAGAUUAGCCAAUGGAAAUAUAUAUAUUUUUUUGUUAAUGUUUAAUAAAUAAUGUUUGUUUGGUAACCUUGAUUGACCAGUUUUGUAUUUAAAUUUUCGAUUUGUUUUCUCUAAAAUAAUUGUGCAAGUCGAUUAGAAUGUCCGAUGAUAAGGAGGAAACCCCUGAAACAACUAAUGAAGCUCCUGACAAAGAUGAUGACAAUGAUAGUGGGCAACCUAACACUGAAAACAACAUUGCUGAUGGUGCUGAUAGUGAUGGCUCCAAGUAUAUCAAACUUAAAGUUGUUGGCAAUGACCAGAAUGGAAUACAUUUUAGAUUGAAAAUGACCACUCAACUUUUAAAAUUAAAAAAAUCCUACAGCACUCAUGUGGGGGUACCUGUGUCUGGGUUGAGAUUUUUAUUUGAUGGGAAGAGGAUCAGUGAUGAUGAUACUCCAAAGCAGUUCAUCAGAGGCUUGAGUGACCAAUCAAUGAGACAAUAUUUGCUGUUACAAAAUCCAAAAACAUUUAAUGAAGCUAAAUCUAAGGCCUUAGCAUUAGAGGCAUCUAUUUUGGACAAUAAUGGAAUUUCCGGAGAAAAUAUCAUAGACCCCUCAGUUGGUAGACUUUCGAGGGCAAUUAAAUUUUCCUCCACCCCUCGAGUCCAACGAAACUCUAGAACCCGUCUGAGAAUUCAACAAAAACAAGAUAUAAAUUUUAAGAAUCUUGGAGUUGAUGGACUAUGUUUUCGCUGUGGUCGUAAUAAUCACAACGCCAAGGAUUGCAGAAUAAAUCCUAAGAAGAUAAGGUGCAAACAUUGUGAAAAAACAGGACACGUAGAAAAAGUAUGUUUUAAAAAGUUGGUUUCUGAAAAGAAAAAUAUUAACUCCGUGAAAAACGAAGGCACAGAUUCUGAUUCAGAUUCAUUGGAAGCUUACGAUAUCUACCCAAUUAUUGAUAUUUACGCAAAUCAAACUGUUCAAAAAUUUCAAGAUGCGCAAAAAUAUUUUGUUAGUAUUAAAAUAGAAAAUAAAUUCCAAACUUUUGAAGUUGAUUCAGGUGCAGGACAGACAUUAUUACCCAAAACUAACUUUUAUGAGCUCCAUCUAAAUGCGAAAAUGCAAAGUACAAACAUACGGUUCAGAUCCUAUACAUCCGGAAUUAUUCCAUUAGGAUAUGUAGAAGUUCCCGUACAAUAUAAGAACAUUCUAUCGCAAGAAAUUCUGUUCGUAGUUCCAGACGGAUUAAUACCGUUACUUGGUCGUACUUGGAUAAGGCACUUAAACAUCAAGUUAGAAGAUUUGGACAGCAAGGAGUCUCCGUACCAAAAUACUUCUAUUGCUAAGAACUCAAUUGCAUGCGUAAAUCCUGCAAAUCUCUUACAAAAUAUUUAUCUAAAUUUCAAAUCAAUUUUCGAGCAACGAAUCGAUUGCCCAAAAUCAAUACAAUGUAAUAUAAAAUUGAGAGAAAAUUCAAAACCCGUAUAUUUUAAGGCAAGAGAAGUUCCCUUUGCUCUUAAAAUUAAAAUGGAAGAAGAACUUUACAAUCUAGAGAGAGAAGGAAUUAUAACUCCGACUCAAGUCAGUGAUUGGGCAUCACCGCUAAUAGAAGCAAUUACAGAAGCCCCGAGACCACAAAAUCAAGACGAUAUCAAAAGAUUUUUAGGAAUUGUCGCAUAUUAUUCAAGAUUUAUCCAUAAUGUCUCAACAAUCACUCACCCACUUCGAUUACUACUCCAGAAGAAAAGACAAUUUCAUUGGUCAUCGGAUUGUGAACUAGCUUUUAAAAAACUAAAAGUAGAGAUGGCUAAUGAAAGAGUUUUAGUACCUUUUCACCCAGAAUUACCUCUUGUUGUAGCUAGCGAUACUUCUCCAACUGUCAUAGCAGGAGUACUAUCUCACAUAGUUGAUGGCAUAGAAAAACCAAUCGCAUUCGUUUCAAGAUCACUUUCUAAAUCUGAAAUGAACUAUAGUCAGCUGGACAGAGAGGCAUUGGCCAUAAUGUUUUCUUUGAAAAAAUUUUAUUAUUUCCUAUUUGGUAGAACUUUUACCCUUAUAACGGAUAAUAAGCCAUUAAGCAGAAUUUUCCAUGAAAGUACCAACCUACCGGCAUUGACUUCCGCUAGGUUGCUAAGAUACGCAGCCUGGCUUUCCAAUUUUGACUAUAUGAUCCAACAUCGACCAGCAGAGGAAAAUGCAUAUGCAGAUUAUUUAUCAAGAACACCACAGAAAGAAGAAACUACGGCAAUAGAAGAAGAAUUAAAUACAGAAGUGGAUUUGAUAUCUAAUGAAGAAGUAUACAAUAUUUCAAACAAUUCAUUAAACUACAAAACUUUAGUAAAGGAAACAGCUAGGAGAUGA